GCUAGAAACAACGGAGAUCCCAAAAAAGGAGGAGAACUAAUUGAAGAGACUCUCAGUGGCAAUGUGACAGAAGACUUCACCACCCUGGAGUUCAUCAAACCAGAUGGCACUAUCAUCACACAUCUGGUCGACUUCAAAAAUGAGGUGCAGAUAUUCCAGGCGCUGAUUCUCGGCGAUGAGGAGCGCGGGCAGAGUCAGUACCAGGUGAUGUGCUUCGUCACGAAGGUGGACAAGGGCGACUACAUCGCCUCAGACGCCAUCUCAAAACUGAGACAGAAAAACCCUCGGGCCGAGCGUCAGGCGGAGGACGAGCUGCCCGAGCUCAGUUACCAGAUGGAGGUGCGGCUGCACCUGAACCGGUCGGCGGCCGUCUCGCCUCACGUGCGCCAGCUGUGCGGAGAGGCCGGUGGCGCCACCUACUCCCGCCACCAGGACAUCCAGCACGUGGCCGCGCACAGAGCGGCGGAUCUGGACGCGCCGUCGCUGGACCAGCUGGAGCGGGCGCUGUCGCCCCUGCCGCCGGCCACCUCGGAGUCCCGCUGCAGCUCCGUCUCCUCGCUGGCCGAGCCGUGCCGGUGUCGCUACCACCUCUGUAUCAGCUGGUACCCGUGCAGCCUCAAAUACUGCAAGGGCCGCGAUGCGGACGGACAGACGGUCAGCUACCGCUGCGGCAUCCGCACCUGCCGGCGCUGCCACGUGUUCGACUACAGUGUGACGCGCAAGCAGCUCUGUCUGUGGGACGAGGAGCCGCGCGAUGCCGUCAACCUGAUGUCGAUCGACGACGAAGAGGACGUAUGAGCCGCGGCUGUGGCUGUAGGCGCAGAGCCUACUGUAACACUCCUCGGGACUAGAACGGAAUGAGGCUGAUUGAGUCUGAAGGGCUGGGCAGGAUUGACGAUUCAGUGAGGAAUGAUGCGGCCUCGGUGUAGCGUUACGUGAUGGUUCCUCUCCGCAUGGCCCACGGCAGCUGGGAGGGCCUGUGAGACAGCUUUAGUGGAGGAUAUCGCAACUGGCCUGAGUGAUGAGUGCCGGCUAACGUUGUGCGUCGGUCUGCCAAGAUAAUGCGAACGAUUUAAAUGAUUGUUGUUUUGUGUAUUAACGAUUUAGUUGGUUGCAAUGGGGUAUGCGCGAUAUACUAAUACUAACGGUCAUAUAGGAAUGUGUGGGGCUCAGAUAAGAGUGCUGGCCUACAGAAGAUCUCAGUAUAUACUCUACAUGUAGGGCGUUGUGCAUCAGCCAAACUGCACGUCAGGAUUUUACAGAGCGACCCAAUGAAUGCGUGUCGAUUCCCACAUGUGAUCCGAAAAUGGGCUUAUUUUCACCUUAAUUAUGUUCAGUGUUCAUUGGUAGGAUGAGUGUGAUAUGCACGAGCGACCGAAUGGCAGAUUGGAGAUCGUUUUUGUAACUGAAGCCGCCUUAACACGUUUUAUACACGCGUGCAGUGAGCCGGUCGGGCUCACUGACCGCUGACUUUGGUAUAGGAUCGGUGAAAGUCAAAGUAGUGAUAAUAUUCACUGUAAUUACGAAAUACACUUCAUAAACGAG